AAGCCAUGUCGACCAUUCCACAACUGUGUUCAGCAGCAACACAGCCUCCUACCAUAUCGGCCCUACCCGAUGAUCUAGAUGUACUGAUUGGUAUGCUUCGCCGAGGACACACCCAGUAUAACAAUCUCCGAACUACUUAUCUACAUAUAUUACGGACUUUUGAACAUGCCAGACACCAUUGGGAACUUCUUGUUACCAUGGAGAGGAAAUUGAGUGAAGCAGAGAAGGUGUUGAGCACGCAUACUGCAGCAGAAAAGGAGUUGAUGACUAUUUUCAAGGAUUUGAGACUUGUGUCGACGAACAGGAUGAAGCGUGUAGAUUCUAGCCAUGUAUGGCACCGGAAGAAAAAGACCAACGCCGCCAAGGCAGCUAUGGCCGCACUGUGCAAGUCGUUUCCCGAUAGAGUGCGUGUGAAGAACAUCGCUUUCUCCAUAUCAAUGACCGCGGACGACAGUCCCCUCGAUAGGGACAUGUGGGUGAUGAAUGAGAACCUCGAGACAAUGCGAGUGGCUGACAGAGAUGACACCACAUAUAUAUUACGUCAUCCAGUACCGAACUCCGAAUAUGUCGAUACCAACGGAAAAUGCAACUCCACCGCACACCAAAAGUAUGGUGGUACCGGUCGAUAUUUGGAUGAAAUUUAUAACACAGCGAUAGAACACGACAACCUCUUCAAAAAACCUUGGAAGAGAAAGUCGAAAAACUGCAUGGGAAGGGAGAAUGUGAGGGCUGAGAAUAUAUACCACAGGGAUGAUUAUACUAAUGAAUGUAGUGAUGUCGAGUAUGAAGACUGCGAUAGCAGCGAUGCUGAUGAGUGUGUUGGCAACACUCUUGGAAAUAACAUACCGCUAGGUAUAAACAAAUAACUCGAGAUAUAA